CCUGAUUGAGAAAAUAAAUCACAAGGAUUCUCCUUCUCUGUGAGAUUAGUAGUGUUGAAGUCAACGACUUUUUUCAUAAAUCCCUUGAAGGAAGAACAAGUUUCUCUUGACAAAAUUCGAGCUUUCUUACUCCAAGUGAAGCUAUGGGUCGCAGUUGGUUAUUGUGGAUGGGGAGAGUACUUGUUCUUCUGCAAUUGGUUCAUGGAGUUUUUGGUUGGGGAAAGGAUGGCCACUAUACUAUCUGCAAAAUAGCAGAGGUAUAUCUUACUCAAAAUAGUCUAGCUGCAGUCAAGGACUUGCUUCCUGAAUCUGCAGAAGGGGAUCUUGCAUCUGUUUGCUCCUGGGCCGAUACGAUUAGACGCAACUACCGCUGGCGCUGGUCUAGCCCUUUACACUAUGUGGACACACCAGACUUCAAGUGUAACUAUGAAUACAGCAGGGAUUGUCAUGACAAUUAUGGGCAUAAAGAUAGAUGUGUAGCUGGAGCAAUCUUCAACUACACGCUGCAACUCUCAUCAGCUUUUAGCAACUCCAAGUCAGGACCAAAAUGUAAGCCUAUGACAGCCACAAUUAGCUGGCUUGCUAUAGUUUCAGUAGUCAUUAGCGAGCAGCUCACUCUUCCCUUGCAUGUCGGUUUUACUGGUGAUGAAGGUGGGAACACAAUAGUAGUUCAUUGGUACCGUAGGAAGUCCAAUCUACAUCAUGUAUGGGAUAACAUGAUAAUUGACUCUGCUGUGAAGACAUUCUACGGCUCAGAUCUUGCAAUAUUCAUUAAAGCCAUUGAAAGGAAUAUUACAGAUACUUGGUCCAAUGAUAAAUCAUCCUGGGAGUAUUGUGAACGUAAUCAAACAGUCUGUCCAAAUCUGUAUGCUUCUGAAAGCGUCCGUUAUGCAUGCAAGUUUGCUUACAGGAAUGCCACACCAGGAAGUACUUUGGGAGAUGAUUACUUCCUUACUCGGUUACCUAUUGUGGAGCAACGGCUUGCACAAGGUGGGAUUCGCUUAGCUGCCACAUUAAACCGGAUAUUUGCUUCUCAAGAAAAAAUUGCUGAAGCAUAAAGAAAGAAUGAAGAGAUAAGAGAGAUCAUCACAAACGAAGCAUGAAGAGAUAUAUUAUUCUGCUUGGACUUCUUUCCAUGUGGAGUAUUGUUAUAAAACUAAUUCAUUUGUAAUUGAGACUUUUAAGACAAGUAAGAUAAAAAAAACUGUUGGUCAAAUAGGGCUGAUGUGAUGCUGUUAGCCACUCUUGCUUGUGUUUUAGGUCAAUCCUUGGUGAUACUUAAAAUAAUGGAAAUUUCUAACUUGCACUCAA